AUGGAACCAAUAGCAAUAACAGGGUUUUCAUUCAAACUUCCACAGGGCGCUGAAGAUGAGUCCAGCCUGUGGGAAAUCCUGAAAACCGGUAGAAAUGUCAUGACGGCAUGGCCUGAGUCACGAGCCAAUGUUGAAGCUUUUUAUAGCUCAGAUUCUACUCUGAAGAAUGUAUUGAAAUCAAAAGGAGCUCACUUCCUCCGGGAAGACCCUUCAGCAUUUGAUGCCCCUUUCUUCUCUAUUACCUCAAAGGAGGCUUCAUCGAUGGACCCCCAGCAGCGCUUGCUGUUGGAGGCUGCCUACGGGGCUCUAGAAAACGCUGGAGUUCCACUUGAGAAAGUUGCGGGUACCCAAAUGGGAGUAUUUUCGGGAUCCAUGACGGACGAUUACUCAAGGAUCCUCGCUAAAGACCCGGAUGAAGCACCAACAACCACCGCCACUGGCAGUUCCAUGUCCAUUUUGGCCAACAGGAUAAGUUGGUACUUCGACUUGAAAGGUCCGAGUGUCCAGAUCAACACUGCUUGUUCUUCAAGCAUGAUCGCCAUGGACCUCGCAUGUCAGUCUCUGAGAUCUGGGCAGAGUUCUAUGGCAUUAGUAACUGGAUCCAAUGUCAUGUUAAGCCCCGAGACAUCUCUCUACCUAUCAAACAUGAAUUUCAUAUCCCCGGACGGUGUCUCUUACAGCUUCGACCAUCGGGCAAACGGAUACGGACGAGGAGAGGGUGCUAUCGUUUUAGUCCUGAAGAAUAUAUCCGACGCUCUUAAAGACGGCGAUAUGAUCCGGGCUGUUAUACGGGCUACCGGGUCCAACCAAGAUGGGUAUACCCCUGGGCUCACUCAACCGAGUGCUGCAUCUCAAGAAGAGCUAGUUAGGUCCGUAUACAAAAGCUGCAAUCUAGGCUUCGAAUCAACGCGCUAUGUAGAGGCCCAUGGGACCGGCACACAGAUUGGAGAUUCAACUGAAGUAAAAGCUCUUACCCGAGUGUUCAGGAACAGUCGCUCCCGGAAAGAGCCGCUCUACAUCGGCUCUGUCAAAGCUAACAUUGGCCAUUUAGAAGGUGGGAGUGGUCUUGCUGGUAUCCUCAAAGCUAUUUUGAUCCUAGAAAAGGGGAUCAUUCCCCCAAACCCCCUAUUCGAAAAGUGGAACCCCAAGAUCAAUGCCAAGUUGAACAAUAUUGAUGUACCAACCUCUUGCAUUAAAUGGCCGUCUGAUGGACUUCGUCGGAUUUCUGUUAACUCGUUUGGGUUCGGUGGAUCCAAUGGCCAUAUUAUCUUGGAUGACGCUUACCACACGCUUCAGAGGCUUGGUGAGAAUGGCAACCAUAAUACGCUUGUGAUUGAAAAACAAACAAAGGGAGUUGGUUGCGGAACUAAUGGGAAUCAUGUAAACGGCGCUCUAUCCAAUGGGACAGCACAAAACGGAGAAAGAAAAGAGCAGACAUCACCACUAACCCAACCGUUGCAAUCAAACGGGAAAGUUAACGGGGUAUCCUCUGAUAACGGGUUGAACUUGGACCAUGACCAGUCAAAAGAGGGGACUGUUCAGAAAAAGCUCAAUUCCACAUUGGAAGUCAACGGAGAUGUCCACCCGAGAACCCCUGAGUCGCCUUCCAAAUAUGAAUUAUUAGUAUGGUCUGCAAAGGACGAGAGCGCUCUCAAGCGUAUGAUACAGCAGCAUACUCAAUACUUCGAGGCGCAUGUAUUUGGAUCUCGAAGUCGGCUGAGUCAACUCGGAUACACGCUGGCCAGCCGGAGGAGUAUGAUGACAUGGAGGUCUUUCGCCAUCGUAAAUGCGGAAGAGAAGGAUUCGAGGGCUAGCUUCUCAUCCUCUGUUUGUGUUCGCUCGAGCCAAGACACAGGAAUAGCUUUCAUCUUCACCGGCCAAGGUGCACAGUAUAUAAAGAUGGGAUUGGAUCUUCUUCAUUAUCCCGUCUUUCGUUCUGCUAUGCUUAAAGCAUCCGACAUAUUGCAUGGUUUAGGGGCUCAAUGGUCGUUACUCGACGAGAUUCAUGAUGGCAAAAGGAUCAACGACCCCGACCUUAGCCAGCCACUCUGUACUGCCUUACAAUUAUCAUUGGUUCAGUUAUUAAGGAGCUUUGGGAUUAUACCAGCAGCUGUGAUUGGACACUCCUCUGGCGAAAUUGCGGCUGCAUACACUGUUGGUGCCCUCUCCUUCGAAGCUGCUUGCAAGGUUGCAUACCAUAGAGGUAGGCUUGCUAGACGGCUGGCCACAACGACAUCCGCGAGAGGCUCGAUGAUGUCUGUUAAUCUUCCGGAAGAUAAAGCCCAUAUCUACUUGGAGAAGGUUGGCCUUCAAGCUGACGUCCACGUGGCCUGCGUCAACAGCCCGUUCAAUGUUACCCUUUCUGGACAUGAAGAAUCCAUCCAUAAGCUUCAGGGGUGCCUCGAAAGUGAGGAUAUCUUCGCUCGAAAGCUAAACACGGGUGUCGCCUAUCACUCCCCUGCAAUGGAUGAAAUUGCCUCCGAAUAUAUUUCCUGCCUAGGGCGUCUUGAGCAGCGGGAAACUGGUGGUGGAAGUGUCGUUAUGAUCUCCUCUGUCACUGGCGAGAAGAUUCCACGGAGCAUAUUAUCUGAUAGCCAAUACUGGGUUGAUAAUCUGGUAUCUCCUGUCCGAUUCGCAGAUGCAUUGCAGUAUUUGGUGCUUGUGGCUCCUAAGAUGGACGGCCUAAGGAAAAUAUCGAACUACGUCGAAGUUGGUCCCCAUGGGGCAUUGCGCCGACCCACUAACGAUACGUUGGCCGAGAUCACUGAUAGAAAGACCUUCGAGUAUACUGCGGUUCUAUCUAAGUUUGAAUCGCCCCUGAAAACUGUCCUGGAGACAGCAGGACGAUUAUUUUCUCGCGGCUAUCCAGUAACCAUCACCGCCGCGAAUGGCCAGGGAUCCAGGAACCCACCAUUCCUCGUAGACCUUCCAGAAUACCCCUUUGAUCAUUCGCAUAUAUACUGGCAUGAAACACGUAUGAGCCGGGAGUGGCGCCUGCGUGGAGCAUCCCCCCGAAACCUACUCGGAGUACGCGCGACGGAUUGGAAUCCGCUCGAGCCAAGGUGGCGCAAAAUGCUAAGCAUCGAAGAAAUCCCAUGGAUCGCAGACCAUGUGGUUGGCGAUGUCGCGUUUUUCCCGGCCACGGGGACACUAAUGAUGGCAAUAGAGGCAGUGAAGCAGAUGGCCCAUGCUCAUAAAACCAUAUCAGGGUAUCUCCUGAAAGAGGCUGUUUUUAUGAGCCCAAUCGUUGUGCGCCCGGAAGCCAAAACGGAAGUCAUUACACAACUUAGGCCUUUGCAACACGCAUACGAGAAGACUUCUCUUCGCGCCGAGGUCCGUGUUUUCGCUGUAGUAGAUGGCUAUUGGAAUGAAUGCUUGAACGCCAUUAUACAUACUGAAUAUGAGGAGGCUCCCACAGAGGUUGACAAAGGCCGCGAAACCCAUGCCACGGCGCAGGCUUUCGUCCAGGGCUACGAACAUGCCAAGAGCGUAUGCACAAAGGCUAUUAUCAAACAGGACUUCUACAAAUGGCAUCACGAACAGGGCCUCAGGUACGGCCCGGCUUUCAUGCGAGCAGAAGAUGUCUUCUGGGAUGGCGAGGAGCUCGGGGUAGCUCGUAUUGAUGUUGCGUCUAUCGACCCAUUCGAGGGUUUGGUUCAUCCAGCCAUGUUUGACGCAUCAUGCCAGGUGUGUUUUGCGGCUCCAUCCGGUGGCAUGUCCAAAUCACUACCAACGAUCAUCCCCCACAGGAUGCAGGAUACUUGGAUCUCGGCGACGGGAUGGCAGCAUCCACAUACGAGUCAGAUCCGAGUUUUUACGACAUCAAAGCCGAAGACACUUGUGCCCGGUCUGGAGUGCUCGUUUACGCUUCUGGCAGAUGACGGUUCCACUCUGUCACAUUGCAAACGCCUCGAGAUGCUGCCUGUUGUUGGGAACAAUUCGGCGAGCGAGAACAAGAUAAAAUUAUUCCAUGGCGUCGAAUGGAAGCCUCACUUAUCUUUGCUUAGUCCAAGCCAGUUGCGGAAUUACUGUGAUGCGAAUAGCGUUGCGGAAGACGAUGUUUCCAGGAUUGGCGACUGGGAAAAAUUACAACGAACUCUACGCGCUGACGCACUAUCAAAACUGGCCCAGUUGCAGAAUACGGAUUGGACCAAGACACCUCCCCACAUGAAGAAGUAUGUCUCUUGGCUAGAAAAAGAGACUCAGGGUCUGGCGGACGACAAAUUUGACGACAUAGAUGUUGCUACUGAUUUUGAAGAUCUUCAGAAGACAAGGCCGUCGUGGAGCAUGUUCAUCGAGAUCGCCGAGAACCUUGUUCCCAUUGUAAAAGGGGAAGUCGACUCUCGAGAACUUCUCUUCUCUACGACACUUGCCGAAGGAUUCUUUGAUGAAGUUAGACACAAGCCGGAAUUCGCCUCUUUCAUGGAGCUUUUAGCCCAUCAAACUCCAGACCAGAAGAUACUCGAAAUAGGAUCGAGUGCGGGAGCUAUGACUAGCUGCAUACUUUCGAUGCUCUGGAAGAUUGAAGAACGUAAUGGCGGUAUUGCGUUUUCCGAGUAUGUCUAUACCGAUGCUUCAACGACCCAGUUGGAGAAAACCCGAAGCCAGUUCGCUAAGGAGGGGCGAAUCUCUUUCCAAUCUCUAGACAUGGAACAAGAUAUCGCUACGCAAGGAUUCGAGCUCGGUAUUUAUGACACCAUCUUGGCGGGCAAUGUACUACACGCGGCUAAGAAUGUAACUGGCACCCUCCGAAAUCUCAGGCGCCUUUUGAAACCGGGCGGCCACCUUAUCAUGAACGAAAUUACUGCUUCUGACAUCUUUGCGAUAGACUUCGGCUUUGGUGUCCUGUCAAGUUAUUGGUCUGACGAAAAUGCGACUCGUCCUUAUUGCCCGACGAUGACUGAGCCAGAAUGGGAGACCGUCCUUCAAGGGAACGGAUUUUCGGGGAAUGACCUGGUUAUUAGGGACUCCCAAAACGAGGGAGCGCAUUUUAACAGCGUGAUCAUCUCGUCGGCUAAAGACGACUCACGACACUUGGUUGGGGGCUCCAAAAUUGUUAUUGCCAUAGACGACCAAAACGAAUACCAACAAAAUCUUGCCAUGUCUCUCGAGAGCAGCCUUGUCGAUUCUUCAGACGGCCGUCCUAGGGUUAUCCCCCUCCCACAGAUCGGCAAUGGCGAUAUACGAGCGACUGACUAUGUCGUCUUCCUCGCAGAUUUAUAUGGAUCACUUUUGCCCGAAACGUCAGAAGCCAUUUUCAAGUAUACGCAGAAACUGGUCCAGCAGUCUAGUAAUUUGCUCUGGGUAACAUCAGCUGAAGCAGGUGAGGCUUCUAUACCUGCUAGAACUGGCCCAUACCCAUACUCAGGGCUAAAGGACGGUUUCCUUCGUACGCUUCGUGCUGAGUUCACCAAUAAGCGUAUCAUCUCCCUCUCAAUAGAGGAUGGGGCCGCAGAUACGUCGGACUUCAUUAUUAGGAUUCUUAAUUCGACGUUUGGUGCAGCAUCGCCUGAGGUUGAGUAUAUAGUUCGCGACGGCCUAUUACAGACUGGGAGGCUGGUCGAGGAUAUUGCCUUGAACGAAGGGCUCAGCUCGUCUACUACUCCACGCUCGAAAACCGAGCCCUGGCUCCCGGGCCCGCCUCUAAAACUGGACAACGCAAGUCCUGGAUCGCUUGAGACGCUACGUCUGGUCGAAGAUAAGGACUUUUACGCUGAUUUAGGCCCGACGGAGGUAGAGAUCGAAGCCAAAGUCUGGGGCAUCAAUUUCCGAGAUGUGUUCAUUGCUCUCGGGAGACUCGAGGAAGACGAUUUCGGUACUGACUGCGCUGGCGUCGUCACAAAAGUAGGGUCCCAAUGCAAGAAUAUACGGCCAGGCGACCGCGUAUGUAUGUUCGUGGCCGGGUGCAUGCGUAUGUGGCCCAGGUCAGAAGAAGGCGCUGUCGUCAAGAUUUCAGACUCUGUAUCCUUCAAUGAGGCGUGUGCGGUAGUCAAUCCAGGGAUCACGGCGUGGUACUCUUUGGUCGAGGUCGCGCGCUUACAAAAAGGAGAAAAAGUGCUCAUCCACUCCGCAUCGGGAGCAACAGGACAGCUCGCGGUCCAGGUCGCGCAGCUAGUCGGCGCGGAGGUAUUCGCGACGGUUGGCUUCGAUCAUAAGAAGCAACUUCUCAUGGACACCUACGGAAUUCCCGAAGACCAUAUCCUGUAUAGCCGGAAUCCCGGCUUCGCCAAAGGGAUCAUGCGCCUCACGAAUGGCUAUGGUGUGGAUGUGGUGCUGAAUUCCCUAGUAGGCGAAAGCUUGCGUGCUUCAUGGGAGUGUAUCGCGCCAUAUGGGCGAUUCGUUGAAAUCGGAAAGGCAGAUAUCAAGGCAAAUACCGCCUUGCCGAUGGCAUGUUUUGCAAAGAAUGUCUCUUUCUCAGGGGUUGAUCUCCACCAUAUCUUGAUUCAUCGGCACGACAUUGGGCAGAGGCUCUUACACAAGACUAUGGAAUUGGCCGGGAACGGCAGCAUCCGCUCGCCAGCACCCCUUCACGUGUAUAAAAUUUCAGAGAUCGACAAGGCCUUCAGGUACUUUCAGAGUGGAAAGAAUACUGGACGAGUUAUCAUCCAAAUUGACCGUUCGACUGAAGUACAGAAAUGCCUUACUCGUCGCAGGACAUGGAGCUUCGACAGCGACUCUACAUACAUCGUCGUCGGUGGUUUAGGUGGCAUCGGACGACUGAUUCUUAAGUGGAUGGCCAAGAAGGGCGCAAGAAAUCUCAUAGUGCCUUCGAGAUCAGGGGCCACGUCUAAGCCGGCAACUAGUAUCAUAACUGAAUUGACAGAGCAAGGCGUCCGCAUUUCAACGCCAAGAUGCGACGUCUCUGUGGCAGACUCGUUCUCACGAGCCCUUGAAGAGCAUAGGAAGACCAUGCCUCCUAUUCGCGGAUGUAUAAAUGCGGCCAUGGUCCUGAACGACUCAAUCUUUGAGAACUUGACGCAUACGCAGUGGGAACAAACAAUCCGGUCCAAGGUACAGACUUCGUGGAAUCUGCAUGCUCUAUUACCAGAAGACCUCGACUUCUUCAUCCUCCUAUCGUCUAUUUCCGGCAUCGUGGGGAAUCCCGGGCAGUCGAACUACGCGGCUGGGUGUACUUUUCAAGACUCGUUAGCCCGCUACCGCAACUCCAACAACCAGCGGGCGAUAUCUCUGGAUCUCGGUGUAGUACGCGCAGUCGGUGUCGUUUCGGAGACCGAAUCGCUGCAGAAGAAAUUCGCGGGGUUACAAGACUUUGCCCAAAUCGAAGAAGACGAGAUAUUGGCGGUUCUGGAUAUGUGCUGCGACCCAGAGGAACAGCAGUUCUUUUCCAGCGACCCGGGUAGAAGCCACAUCGUUAUGGGCGUCGCAACACCCGCCGAGCUUCUCGCGCGGGGAAUCGAGCCGGCCGAGUUCACGCAGAGACCUCUCUUCGCACGUUUCAGCCAAUCCCCCGGCACGCCUCAGAACCUAGGCUCGGACAACGUGAACUAUGCCGCCUUGUUCCGGCAAUCGGAGUCGACUGAGGAACGGGCAGCCAUUGUCGUCAAGUCCCUUGCUAAAAAGCUGGCGCGGGCGUUGUCUAUUCAGCCCGAAGAAGUUGAAGCGGAAGCUGACCAGCCGCUUCACGCGUUUGGUGUGGAUUCGCUCGUUGCUAUGGAAUUGAGGAACUGGGUUGCUAAAGAUUUCGCUGCAGACGUGGCUGUUUUCGAGCUGAUGGGAGGGAGAUCCGUCACGGCCAUUGGUGAGUUGGUUACGAAGGCCAGUCAGACUCAAGUUAGAAAGGCCUGAUAUGUCAGUAUUCUCGAGCGAAGGCGAAGGAGGAAAAGGAUAGUUG